CCAACGCAGGGCAAGCCGGACAGUCUUUUCUUCUCUCUCUUCUGUGGAAGACUGUGUUUUAUGUUUUUUCCAAUGAAGGUGUUUAUGAGAAAAAAGACUUCAUGACAGAAAAGCUCGUUUUUAUAGUGGUCCUCUUGGCAGGGGCUACGGCCCAGAGCCAAUUGGACUGCGAUUUUGAGGCAAAUUUAUGCCAAUGGAAACAGGAACCUACGACCGACAAUUUCGACUGGACAAGACAAAAAGGUACCACAUCUUCCCGGAACACCGGACCAACCCGAGACCAUACGACGGGAGGUGGAUUUUACGUAUACAUCGAAGCUACUGGAGUACAAAAUGGGUACAAGGCCCAACUUGUUAGCACAACCAUGUCCACGACGCAGACCCAGUGUCUACAGUUUUGGUACCACAUGUACGGUCAGCACGUGUACGACUUAAACGUGUACUUAAAGUCGAACAACGCACUUGGCAAGGCCAUUUGGACCCGGCGCGGGACCCAAGGAAAUCGGUGGAUACAGGCUAACAUCAAUCUCCCACGGAAAAGCAACUUUCAGGUCAUCUUUGAGGGAAUUCGUGGAAGUGGUUACCAAGGUGACAUAGCCAUAGAUGACAUUAAGUCAUUCCCUGGAAAUUGCCCGUCAGGAAGUACAAUUCGUCCUACUGGCACUGCGGUUCCUGGAGGCACUACACCAGCCCCUGUACUUACCCAGUGCAACUUUGAGAGUGGACUGUGCGGAUGGACACAGGAUACUAAAGAUAACUUUGAUUGGACCAGACAGCAGGGAGCCACUCCCUCGGGCACCACUGGCCCAUCCACUGAUCACACGUAUAAGACUGGCCUAGGCUAUUACAUCUAUAUCGAAACGUCUUCCCCUCGUGUUGUUAACGAUACAGCACGAAUUUCAACGCCGAGGUUUCAAGUCAAGGGUCGGCAAUGCCUGGAAUUUUGGUAUCACAUGUACGGUCAACACAUUGGGACAUUGAAUGUCUACUCCAAGCGGGGGAAUAAUUUAGGUUAUCCCAUCUGGACGAAGUCUGCUGACCAGGGCGAUGCCUGGAAUAUUGCCCGGGUUACAGUUAAUGCAAGGACACCAUUCCAAGUAGUGUUUGAAGCUAUAAGGGGAACAAACUAUGCUGGAGAUAUAGCCAUCGAUGACUUCAAACUCAGCAAUGGAGCAUGUGCUACAGCAGGUUCAUGCGACUUUGAGACUGAUACAUGCACAUGGUCCAAUGGAGCCAGUGAUGACUUUGACUGGAUCAGAAGACAGGGAGUUACCCCUUCACAGGGAACAGGGCCUAGUGUUGACCACACCAAGGGCACAGCAGUGGGAUACUAUGUUUUUAUUGAGGCCAGCAGCCCCCGACGGCCUGGAGAUCGUGCAGUAUUCUCAAGCCAGAGUUUCAACUCGCAUGCCAAUGCUAGAUGCCUCAGGUUCUGGUUCCACAUGCUGGGAAACCAUGUGGGGACACUCAGGGUAUCCCAGUCAGUCAAUGGACUGGAUAGCUCACUGUGGCAGCUGAGUGGGAACCAAAGCAACAGCUGGAAACAGGCAUCUGUCCCCAUUGCCCCACAGAAAAGUGCAUACAAGCUUACCAUAGAAGGCAUCGUUGGCCAAGGUUACCAAGGAGAUAUUGCUCUAGAUGAUAUCCAAAUCUCAUACAGAACCUGUCGAUUACAACCUGGAAAGGCCACCCCCUCUACAGCCACAACUGUAACAGUGCCAACUAAGGCCACACCCACCACUCCUUCAACGGGAUCUGGUACUACCACACCUUCAGCUGCCACUGUUAACUGUAACUUUGACAAUGGGUUCUGUGGCUGGACACAUUCAACUAAGGACAACUUUGAUUGGCUGAGAAACAGAGGAGCCACAUCCAGCAGAAAUACUGGACCUACACAAGACCACACAGGAAAUGGGUACUACAUCUACAUCGAAGCAUCAGGCAAGACGCAAAACAAGACCUCCAUGAUAGAGACACCACAGGUUCCUGCCUCCACUACCGGACACUGCUUGCGUUUCUGGUACCACAUGUAUGGUGACCAAAUCGGAACACUGAAUGUGUAUAUGAAGAACAGACCCAACCUGGGAAGACCCUUGUUCACUAAGAGUGGUUCCCUUGGCAACAAGUGGAUCCAAGCCAAUGUCACUCUGAAUUCCAGGAAUAGAGCAUUCACUGUGGUGUUUGAAGGCUUGAUUGGAACAGGUUUCCGUGGUGACAUUGCAUUAGAUGAUGUCACUGUGUCUACUGGAAACUGCCAAUCCACUACGCCAGCCUCCUCCAGAUCCUGUGAUUUUGAAGAUGCCAAGAUAUGUGGCUACACCCAGGACAAGACUGGUGACCAGUUUGACUGGACAAGGGCCAGUGGUGCCACAUCAUCUGGAAACACUGGACCUUCUAAUGACCACACCUAUGGAACACCACAAGGUGAAUACAUGUACAUUGAGGUGUCAGCCCCUAGGAAAGUGAAUGACAUAGCACGCCUGACUUCUCCAAAGUACAAAGACAACCAAGCCAUGUGCCUGCAGUUUUACUACCAUAUGUAUGGACAAGAUAUUGGGACACUUAAUGUCUAUGCAAAGGUGAACCAAGCCCUAGGUGGUGCAGUGUUCAGUAUGAAAGGAGACCAAGGCAACAAGUGGCAAGUGGGGCAGGCUACCAUACCUGCUGCAGCAGCAAGGAGAGGCUACCAGCUUGUGUUUGAAGGCAUCCGUGGCAGCAACUACAGAGGAGACAUAGCUAUUGAUGACAUAAGUAUGACAAAGGGGGCCUGCACCAACCCUGGAGCCUGUGACUUUGAGACUGGCCUGUGUACCUGGACCAAUGUUCAGGCUGGUGACCAGUUUGACUGGACACAGGGCAAUGGGGGAACAUCCAGCUCAGGGACUGGACCAACUAUUGACCACACACUUGGAACAGCUGCAGGUGGGAUUUGA